AACAAAAAGAAGCAGCAUGUGGUUUAUACGGUCCUGGAUCUGAACACAGACCCCAGGAGGACUCAGGUGCAGCAGGAGGACUUCAUGUUCUGGUUGGGGGCGGUAAUGCGCCUACAAGCUGCUCGCAGCCGCCGUCUAACAGCAGAAGAAGAAGCAGCAGCUGGUGUUCGUCUCGUCGGCUCCAAACUUUCAUCAAACUUUAACAGAAACUUUUCGUUUAAACACCGGGACCAGAAGAUUUCAGCGACAGAACCGGGCCGGUUCAGCGGGACACGAGAAACCAGUUCAGAGAGUCCAGUGGAGACCAGUCUGUCAACAUGGACACACAGCAAGGAGUUCAGGGACUCUCUGGUGGACAUGUACACAGCUAACCCCAGAGUGAACGUGGAGCUGCGACAGCGUCUGCCUUCACCUGCGUCUCAGCGCCUCAGCAGUCCUGACGGAUCUGGGAUCAGCCCAAGUCCGGACCACACUGACCCUGUUCAGGCCCCUCAGCACCUGCAGGAUCUCCCUCCGGUCUCCUGCUCCCCCUCCCCUCAGUCCCACAGGAGCUCUGUCUCUCCGGUUUCUGCGUCUUCCUCCAGACCUCCAGCAGCCGCAGGGGAGAUGGAGAAGAACCUUUCCCCCAGCCGAGGCCCCUCUCCUCGGGCAGAGAGCUGCGGAGACGGCCCCGAUGGAGGAAGAGCAUCCAGAGGUCCUGUUAGUCCCGCCCCCAGAGGACACCUGGUCGGCCCUGAUGACAGCUCUCAUCAGGAAGUCGGUCCAGUCACAGCGUCUGGUCGAGUUCCAACUUUUGAUCGAGACAAAAACAUCUCGUUUUUACUGAAAGAGCUCGACUCUCUGAGGGAAAUCAACAAGAGACAGACAGGUGAGGCAGCGCUUCAUGUUUCAGGUAUAUUAACGAGAGACAGACAGGUGAGGCAGCGCUUCAUGUUUCAGGUAACAGUGUGCUUCCUGUUUCCAGCUAACCCCAGAGUGAACGUGGAGCUGCGACAGCGUCUGCCUUCACCUGCGUCUCAGCGCCUCAGCAGUCCUGACGGAUCUGGGAUCAGCCCGAGUCCGGACCACACUGACCCUGUUCAGGCCCCUCAGCACCUGCAGGAUCUCCCUCCGGUCUCCUGCUCCCCCUCCCCUCAGUCCCACAGGAGCUCUGUCUCUCCGGUUUCUGCGUCUUCCUCCAGACCUCCAGCAGCCGCAGGGGAGAUGGAGAAGAACCUUUCCCCCAGCCGAGGCCCCUCUCCUCGGGCAGAGAGCUGCGGAGACGGCCCCGAUGGAGGAAGAGCAUCCAGAGGUCCUGCUAGUCCCGCCCCCAGAGGACACCUGGUCGGCCCUGAUGACAGCUCUCAUCAGGAAGUCAGUCCAGUCACAGCGUCUGGUCGAGUUCCAACUUUUGAUCGAGACAAAAACAUCUCGUUUUUACUGAAAGAGCUCGACUCUCUGAGGGAAAUCAACAAGAAGCUGCAGGAUCAGCUGGUCCAGAAGGAGAAUGAGCUGCUAAGGAGGGAGGUGGAGGAGGAGCUGAGGGAGGAGCAGAGGGAGGCCCGAGGCUGGGAGAGACCUGCAGCGGUGUUGGAGGAGGUGUUAGCUGCUCAGAAGGACAGAGAUCAGGCUCUGAUGUCACGACUCCUGCUGGCCAAUGAGGAGAGAGAUGAGGCUCUGCUUCGUGCACGUCAACUGCAGCAAGCCGCCGAGUUGGAGAACGUGUCCCAGGAGCACGCCGACAUGGACGUUGACGAGCUCCUUCAGUGUGUUUGUGACGCCGACUCCGUCCAGGAGGUCGAACAGUUCGGUUCGGUUCUGGUUCAGCGUUUACGGUUGGCGAGGCAGCGGAGAAAUGACAUCACCGCUCAGGAGAUGAAGGCCGUGAUGGAGGAGAGAGACGGCUCGCUCGCUAAGUGUAAACGGCUGGAACAGGAUCUGACUCAGGAGAGAGAGCAGAGGGCGAGCGAGGAGGAGCUGCUGAGGCUUCAGAGAGAGAGAGGCGGAGCUCCGGAGGACAGACGCCGACUGGAGGCGGAGCUGCAGGUGCUGCGAGCCAAUCACAGCUCUCAGGACCUCCUCACCUCUCCUCCCUCGCCGCCAGGUGACGGCGUCUCUCCGGGUUCGUUGGCGGCAGCCCGUCAGGCCCCGCCCCUGCUGGUCCAGUUUCAGCAGCUGUCGAAGGAGAAGCGGAGCCUGGAGGCGGAGCUUCGGCGCUGUCAGGAGGCGGAGCGGGAGGCCAGCGACAGAGUCCUCAGGUUGGAGCGUCUGGUGGAGGUUUUGAGGAAGAAAGUCGGGACAGGGAGCCUUCGAGCCGUCAUCUGACCUCCUCUGUUUUAUUAUUAGUAUUGAAUUUUCAUUCUUUUUAUAAACUGAUUGCUGGUUAUGUUAUUCUGUUUUGUGUGUGUGUAUAUAUAUAUAUAUAUAUAUGUAUGUAUAUGUAUGUUUAGUUACAGUUUUAUUGUGUAUUAUUUUGACAUGUUGAUGUUUUUCCUCAUUCAGAAACUUUCUGUUAAUGUUCAGAUGUGAUUCAGCUGUUUGUGGGAACUGAAGCAGAUUUUUUCAUCUGUACUUUUAUCACACUUUAUAAUAAAUACAAGUCUAUUCUUUUUUCUUUA